AUGGGUACCAAUACCCAAUACAAGACCGUGCUUGUCACAGGUGCCAAUGCCUUCUACUCAGCCGCUAUUAUGGACCUGCUGGCCAAGGACGGUGUCAAAUUUCAUGCCGCUGUAAGGAGUGAAUCGGCCAGACCACCGCUAGAAAAACGCUAUGGGGACAACAUCACUGUCUUCAUUGUCCCGGAUAUCACAGUACCCACUGCCUUUUGUGAGGCCAUCAAAGGUUGCGACGCAGUUUUCCACGUAGCGUCACCCUUCAAAUACCAGUUCGUGAAUGCAAAGGCAGAGGUCCUUGACCCGGCAAUACAGGGGGCUGUCUCGGCCCUGGAUGCUGCGGCUAAAGAGCCUAGUGUGCGUCGCGUAGUCUUUACCAGUUCGGUCGCCGCCUGCCUGGAUCCAGUACAUCCCACAGGAUUUCAGCGACCGGGCUAUACGUACACAGAGGAAGACUGGAAUCCUCUCACAUACGAGAAGGCGUCGACGUACAAAAUAUUUCCCCCAGUGUACACGGCAUCCAAGGCGCUUGCUGAAAAAGCCGCGUGGGACUUUAUGAAAGCUGAACCGCGGAAUUUUGAACUGGUCUGCAUUAACCCAUGUCACACGUGGGGUUUCUACAACCAACACGUGGAGUCACCCGCAGGCAUGAACUCGACGAACUCAGACUUGUCCAAACUUAUGGAUGGCCAAGAGGAAGACUUGCCCAGGACCAUCAUGCCAUGGAUGACGGAUAUCUCUGAGGUCGCUCAGGCGCAUGUGAACGCUCUUUAUAAGCCCGAAGCCAAUGGCCGUUAUAUAAUUGCCAACCACCCUUAUGACUUUCAGAAGGUAGUUGACCUCAUGCACGAGCAUUUUGCGGACUCGGACUGGAUUAGCAAUGUGCCCAAAGGAACACCGGGGAAGAAGGUUUUGAAAGAUCAUUUUGUGCUCGACAAUACUCGCUCACGGGAAGAAUUGGGUGUGACAUAUGGCCCGUGGGAACAGAGCGUCCUCAAUUUCUGCAAACAAUACGCCCAGGAUAGGGAAAGAUUUGCCAAAAAUGCGAAUAGAAGUUCUUAG